AUGGAUGCAGUGAACAUCGCAGAGGCCCCAAAGAGGAAGGCCAAAAACUUGAAGACUGAUGACUCCCACUUGUGGAUGUUCAUGUGCUUCCCCUCCGACGGCAACUGUUGCUUUCAGGAAGAUACUGAAAUGCGUCCAGACGCAGAUCCCUUCACCAUUGGGAAUGCGGGGGCUGUCGCCACCGGCGAGGAUGUCGCAGGGACCGAGGAGUACGACAACGCUGCACAGGAUGGAACACCUAGCGCGGGUGUCUUCCACGCAGAUCAAGCAAACUUCUCCAACGACAAGAUACCUUCCGCUGGGGAGACAGAUUUUCGGCUGAAGGAGCAGCUGUCGCCUGCCUUGAGGCAAGAGGUGGAGCAAAUCAAAGCAGACAUCGCUGCCAAGCAGGCCCUGAAGGCAGCAGAAGUCGGAGGUACGCUGACGGAUGUGACGGAGACCGAGAGCCGGGCAGAGGCUCAAGCGCCGCCGAAGGUCGGCGCCGACCGAGGCCGCGGGGCCUCGGGACGCGCAGUGCAGGCAGAGGUGCCCACAGAACGCCCCAUCGCGUUCGAGGUGGGGCAGGCGCCGCUGUCCUUCACUCCGCUGCCCGAAGAUCGGUUCCAGGGCUUUCAAGAAGUCGGCACUCUGAGGGAAGCUCUUUCAAUCUAG